AUGAGUGACGACCCUCUGCGUGCCGUUCGCUGCGACCGGCAACUCAAUUGUGCAAACUGUGUCGAUAUUGGUCUAGAGUGUCAGCGAACUCGUCCACGGCGCCCAACACGCCCUCCAGCUACAACGUACAUUCCAUUACUAAAUCUGAUCCGCCAUAACUUGACGACUGAAAGCACAAGCCCAACUCAUAGUGUCAACCAAGGGGAAGAAGAUAGAGGACCCAAGAGACGGAGGUUAGACGUUGUCUCCCAUCUACAAAAUGCAUCCAAGUCUCCCCACAGUAGCUGCACUGUUGUCACCCCGGAUGAAUCGACACAUCAUGCGGAGCAAGCCAAAGCUGUCUUCCAAGGAGAGCUUGAAGGAAAUGAAAGUAUGAACCUUGAAAGGCAGUCUAUUCUGAGAUCUGCUUUAGACUUUGUAAGUGCCAUGACACAGGGGAAGGUUUCAAAUCUCGAAGAAGGCGUUCAGUCGGAAAUACGAGGCGACAGUGAAAUUGUCACAGAAUUCGCUGCACCGCCCCCCGAGAUAUUCUACAUGCUUUUCAAAGAGCCCACAACCGCAGCUGGAGCACUGAACAUACAAUGGCCGGACCAUAUCUCGCAGGAGUGUCUCGAGAGGAUGAUUGCCGUUUUGAUCAAUGGUGAAUCACAGGGACAGAUUUUCUACCAAUACUGCGUCUGCAUCUAUGUCAAGGCUAUCUUCCACCUUGCUCAGAUGCCAAGAGUUUACAAAAACUCCACUAUCAAUCAGCAAUUUCUCAAGUCAAAAAGAUUGUAUGAAUCAUAUGCUCUUCAUGCCUUGAAGAAGCUCAGCUUUUUGAGUAACCCUACCCUCCCUUUUAUUCAAUCACUGAUAUCUGCGGCAUUUUUGAUGCAAUACACUGGUAACAUGAGCCAAGCCUGGAUCAUGAAUUCCUAUGCCGCCCGCCAAAUCGUCGCACUGAAAUACCAUGAAGUUCGAAGCCCUGUUCCGAGGUCCGAUCCAAAUGAGGAUAUCCAAAGCUCUUUAUACUGGUGUUAUUAUCUUGACCGCACUCUCAGCGCCCUCCUCCUUCGACCUUUAUCAUUACCCGAGCCACUUAUUUCUCCUGUAGACCUCGUCGUUCCAGACAAAUCACAGCCUCACCUACCAUUGAUUCGCAUUCUUAUGGAGCUGGCACAAGUACAGGGUGACCUCUUGAGCUGUGGAAAAGCAGAUAGUACCCGUCAAAUACUUGCGAACCACUCAAAGCUUCAAGAGAGGAUGGAUGUCAUAAAGUCCAGUUUGCAGGCGACUCGGGAAUCUGUCAAUGACUUUCUAUCUUGUGAUUGGAUCUCAGGCGAAUUCUGCUAUUAUGCGAUUCUGGUCGAUAUUCUUCGAUCUCGAUUGAAGUACUCAUUUUCACCCCUCACGCACAAGGAAUGCGUAGCAUGUGCUCGCAAAUCUCUCAAAGCACUGCGAUACUUGCAAAAGAACCCCGGCAAGAGCCCAGGCUUUGCGGACCCUUACCCGACGUUUCUGACAUGGACAAUUUUCCUAUACCCACUGAGUCCAUUUUUCGUUCUAUUUUGCAAUAUUAUCGGAGAACUCGACUUCGAUGAUUACACCUUAAUCCAAGACAUCACCCAAAGCCUGACUCCAUUUGCCGCAAGCCCAUAUAUUUCAAAGUUGCUAAAACUCCUCGAGUCACUUCAAAAUUUCUGCAUCCCCUUGAUUGAAGCUAAGCAGCGUUUGGGACCAAAAACCAAAGUCGCCCCGUGGUAUCCAUCGAUGACUGGGGCGCUGCCGGAGACUUCAACGACCAUUGAACCCAAUUUCUCGGUCGACGGUGGCUCUUCCUACGCAAAUCCUGUGGCGCCUGCAUUACCACAACAAAUUCAAUCCCGUGGCGAUCAAGCGUAUCCGCCGACCGAUGAACUUAUGUGGCACCUAUGGAACAGCCAGUUGUCAAUGGAGUGCUUUGAGUCUGAUUUCAUUGGUCUUGAUCCAUCAAACGGGAACGGUACCUUUUGA